AUGUUGUUGAUAAACAGAAUAAACAGCACUAACAACAAUACAACUCAUGAUCAAAAUGGCAAGGACAAGAGCAUACACAUCAACACAAUGACUGCCACCCACUUUCGCAAAAAUUCACACACAAAUGCAUUGGCUUCACCAUCGGCAAUAACCAACGGCAGUGGGGUGAAUAAUAUAACAACUGAUGCGGCUAGUGCAGCAACACCUUCAUCAAUGUCUUCUUCAUCACUUCCACUCCUAGGUAGAGCACCUAGUUUGAAAAAAAGUGGCAAUGAUUCUACAAUUGCUGACAAAAAGUCCAAAUUUAGUUUACAAGGGCUAUUCAGGAAAAGAAGCAACUCCAUCACAGCUCAAAAGGAGCAACAGCUACAGCAGAAACAGGAGGAAUUAGUGCAACAAGAAGAUGAGGAAGAAGCACAAGCACCACCACCACCACCACCACCACCACCACCACCACAACAACAACAACAACAACAAGAUGACAUUUCCAGCCUACAACUGUCACCCACAAAUUACGCUGACUAUACAUAUAGUGAUGACGUAUUGACUACGCCCAGACAACAAAAUUCAUAUACUUUAACCUCACCUGUAGUGACCCCACACAAUAUCAUGGACAAUACAAACCAUCUCACCAUUAUACGAAGCAUUGAAGAGGAGGAGGAGGAGGAGGAAGAAGAAGGAGAAGAAGAAGAAGGAGAAACAGUUUCCAACAACCAGAAAGCCUAUGACGACAACGACUUCAUUGCAGAACAAGAGUUUUCCUUUGAGUCAAGUAAUCCUCAUUUUGCUCCGUCAACUUUACAACCAAUCCCCAGAUCAGCACUAUUCUCACCUUCUCCAGGCUAUAUUUCUCACCAACAAACCAACACUGCCACAGCACCACCUAAUAAUGGCUUAUCAUCUGAUCAUGAGAGAUAUACUUCAUUCACUGCCGAUUGUGUAUCAUUGCAAAAUAGUGAAAUGAGUACAGCCAUGGAUUUGGAUUCAGAUACAAUGAUCAUCAAUGCGUCCGACUAUAACACCGACAAUGACGUGGAAUCCAAAUUAAAUGUUGACAAGCAAAGAGGUGGUGUUAAAAAAACUAAACUUAAAGAUUCGGUCACUGCAACACGUCCAUCUUUAUCAUCAAGAACCAAUACAUCAGCACCAAAGAGGAAUUUGAAAAGCAUACUACGCAUUGGUUCAUUUUCAGGCAAUCACAAUAUACGAACAACCAAUCCUCACAAGGAUGCAGUCUCGACAAAGGUUUGUACUCCAACAACCAUACCACAAACAAUUGAACGACAAGCUGAAUCUGAAUUUAGCUUUGACAAUGAGAAUGACGACGACCAUGGUUUAUACAAUUUUGAACCAGAAUUUGAAGACUCUCAACUGGAUUUGAAUUUUGAUCCCAAACAUGAAGAAAGUGAACUGGAUUAUAAAUUUGGUGGAUACCAUCCUGUUUGUAAAGGAGAUGUUUAUUUCAGUCGCAACUUACCUAAUCGUGAAUAUGUCAUUUUACGUAAACUUGGUUGGGGACAUUUUUCAACUGUUUGGCUCGCCAAAUCAAGAAUUUCCACUAUUGGCAACGGAUCUAGCUCCAUUCACUCAUCAUCAUCAUCAUCAUCACCAUCCACAUGCAGCAACGAUGAUUACAGUGAGUACUUUGUUGCGAUCAAGUUUGUCAAGUCAAACAAGAAUUAUAAAGAAGCAGCAAGGGAUGAAAUUAGGAUUUUGCAUACAUUGCAAGACCCAGUCCAUAAUAAUGGACAUUUACCUGGUGAAUAUAGUAGUUAUUUUGACACUCAUCCACCAAAACAACAUCCAGGUUACAAACAUCUCAUGAAAUUACUUGAUGAUUUUGAAAUAACUGGUCCUAAUGGGAACCACAUUUGUAUGGUGUUUGAAAUCCUUGGUGAAAAUGUCUUGAAUUUGAUUUACAAGUACAAGAAGUUUUACAGGCAUGUGGAUGAAGAGAUCAAGAGAAAGAGUGUUGAAGGAGAAGAAUCUAACGGGCAACAAGUACCACACUUAAAAUCAGAACAAGUUCAACAACCAGCCAUGAAGUUUGGUAAAUGGGACAAUAAAUAUUUCAAACGCAAUACCAAAUCAAAAUUGAGUUUGGGUUUGACAAAGAAGGAUUUGACUGAUGCGGCAAUUGCUGCCCCACCUUCAGCUGCAUCAACUGUAUCAUCUUCAUCAACAACAGUGUCACCCAUUGAAACAGUAAUGGAAACAGGCGAAGAUAUUGAUUCGUCAAUGAUUACAACAGCAACUGGAGCUACUGGGUUUGGCCUUGGAAUGGCAAUUGGUGCUGCUGCAGGCUGUAAUACUUCUCAAUCAACCACUGCAACCUCAACUGACCCAUGGCAACUUUCAAUGGAAAAGAAACUCAAGGCAAUGAGUUCUGACUCCUUGGUUAAACUCAUCAAGACCUCACGCAGUGUUGGUGGUAUCCCAUUACCAAUAGUGAAAACCAUUGUUAAACAAUUGUUAUUAGCGGUUGAUUAUAUGCAUCAUUGUGGAAUUAUUCACACAGACUUGAAACCGGAAAAUAUCUUGAUUGACAUUGAAGAUAUCAACAAGGUGAUUAAGCUGAUUGAAGACGAGAAAAUGUCUAAAGCUAGAGCAAGUAAUUCAUCAUUGAGUCGUGCUGCUUCAUUGAUUAAACGAGGUGGGUCAUCUUUUAGUAAACCUAGUUUACUUCAACGCACUCUGAGUUUCAAUGUGCUUCAACAGGCGCCACCAGCCACUGUGACUGAGCACCCUGAGCUUGCUGAGUUGCAUCAACAACAACAACAACAACAACAAUCACAACAUUCGCUGACUGAGCACAAGCAACGUCAAGCCUCAACGACCUCAAUCACAUCAUCACAAUCAUCUAGUUUCUACUACAAGAGACUGAAGAAUUCCAUCCUGGGCAAAUAUGAUUCACCAAUCCGUUCAUCAAAACCACUUUCAUCAGCAACCACAUCAUCCGACAUUUUCUUCAAGGAUGUUGAUUUUGACAAGGCCCGUCGCAAAUCAGUGUCGAAAGCCAUUAGCCCCAAAAACUUUUCCAUUUUCGAUCUUGGCAGGAGAUCCACUAUAACCAACAUGAGUAAUUCAUCACUUAUCAAGUCUGCAAGUAGCAAUUGUGCUGCUGGUGCUGGGGCUGUCACUAGCGACAAUAUAUCCAUCAAGAUUGCCGAUUUGGGUAAUGCCACAUACACCAAUGAACAUUUUACCAACCAAAUCCAAACGCGUCAAUACCGGUCCCCAGAAAUCAUCCUCAAGUAUAAAUCAUGGGGAUCAUCAACUGAUUUAUGGAGUAUUGGAUGUAUAAUAUUUGAAUUAAUCACGGGUGAUUUCCUUUUCGAUCCUCAUGAUGGCAAAUGUUUUGAUAAAGAUGAAGAUCAUUUGGCACAAAUUGUUGAAUUAUUGGGUCAUUUCCCACUGGAUGAGUACCUUGUUGAUUGUAAAUUAACUGGGAAGUUUUUCAAAUUGCAUCCUGAAAAUCAUCGACAAAUCAUUUUCAAAAACAUUGAUAAUUUGAAAUAUUGGGGGUUGGAAGAAGUUCUUGUUGAAAAAUACAAGUUUCCCGCCAAUGACCCUCAGAUUAAAUUGAUUUGUGAUUUGAUUUUGAAAUGUUUGAGUUUCGAUUUGGAUCAACGGUAUGACGCCGGAAGUUUAUUGAAGCAUCCAUGGUUUACAAACAGCAGCGAUGUUGAGGAUACUACUACUACCACAACCACUAGCGAUGAUUUUGAAGUUGGUCAUGGUUGUGGUUGUGAAGUCGAUGAGGAGAUGUUGAAGAAUUUGCCCAAUAUCCAUGAUGAUUUACCAGGGUAUACUUGUGAAGCAUAA